AGACUAUAAACAAAUCUUAACGACAGAAAUGAGGUCUGAGUAAGGCGUAGCGGAGAGAUGCCUUUCUUCAAAAGAAGCAACAAACCCCCUAAAAGAAGACUUGAUGCAGGGAAUACAAGUUUAAGCAAGUCUAAUUUAAGUCUCGCUGGAACUGGCGAGCUUGGUGAAUCAGGCAAUAAUGCUCUCGUAAAAUUAAAACUGGGACGGCACGAGUUGAGUUUUCAAGAUGGCGACUGGAUUGCGGAGCCAGGAUCACAAAGUAGUUCUAAAGAUGGAGCAGAAGUUAGCAGGUUACAGAGAGAGAAUUCACAGCUUAAGGAGGAGAACAAUUACCUAAAGUACAAGAUUGAAGUCCUAUUAGACAUGAUGGCUGCCAGCAAUGCUGACUUGAAUGUAAUGGAGAAAGAACUUGACACUUUGCAAAGUCAGAAACAAGGCCGCAGAGUAGCAAAGUAGCAAUUUUAGAUGCUGCUAACUUUUAUUUAUCAGAGUAUUUUAUUAGUAAAUGAAUUUACUAAAUUCAGGUUUCCUACUUGUAAUUGAUAGCCACAGAGUAACAAAGUUUAGUCAGAGCUGUAUGUAUAUACAUUUGUAUUUGAAAAUAAAGAUCAAUUGUAUUACAAGGUAUAUGGAUUUCCAGUCCAUUCACACCUCACAGAACAAAGUAGUAGUGGGACAGGCCAUCAUUAGCAUCAAAUUUCUUUGCAAAAGCAAAGUAGAGAUAUUGGCAGAUUGAAUUGGAAAUGGCUAAAUUGAAUUGGUAAAUCUAUCCUUAAACCCUUUAA